CGGCUAUAAAUUAGUGUAAAUAAUACAUUGUUGAACAAAAGAAAAAAAGAAAAAAUAAUCAACGAAAAGAAGAAGAGGGAGUAGAGAAAGCGUUCGGAGCCAUUUUUGGCGUUGUCUCGAGGAUUUCAGGUCUUCGAUUUCCGUUUCUCUAUUUAGAGGUUGGUUGAUGGAAAUUGGAGGCAAUUCCCUACCAUCUGGGCCAGAUGGGGUGAAGAGAAAAGUGUGUUAUUUUUAUGAUCCAGAAGUUGGCAAUUACUAUUACGGGCAAGGUCACCCAAUGAAGCCGCAUAGGAUUCGGAUGACACAUGCUCUACUAGCUCACUAUGGAUUGCUGCAGCAUAUGAAUGUUCUUAAACCUUGUCCUGCUAGAGAUAGGGACCUUUGUAGGUUUCAUGCUGACGACUAUGUUGCCUUCUUGAGGGGUAUCACCCCAGAAACACAGCAAGAUCAGCUGAGGCAGCUGAAGAGGUUCAACGUUGGUGAAGACUGCCCUGUAUUUGACGGUCUCUACUCUUUCUGUCAGACCUAUGCAGGGGGUUCUGUUGGUGGUGCUGUGAAGUUAAACCAUGGAUGUGAUAUUGCAAUAAAUUGGGCCGGGGGACUACAUCAUGCAAAGAAAUGUGAGGCUUCUGGUUUCUGCUAUGUAAACGAUAUUGUGCUGGCCAUUUUGGAACUUCUCAAAAUGCACGAGCGUGUUUUAUAUGUGGAUAUUGACAUUCAUCAUGGUGACGGGGUAGAGGAGGCUUUUUAUACUACGGACAGAGUCAUGACUGUUUCGUUUCAUAAGUUUGGAGAUUAUUUUCCUGGUACAGGGGAUGUACGUGAUAUUGGGUAUGGGAAGGGAAAAUAUUACUCUCUUAAUGUCCCGCUAGAUGAUGGAAUUGAUGAUGAGAGCUACCAGUCCUUGUUUAAGCCAAUAAUGGGCAAAGUGAUGGAAGUUUUCAGGCCUGGUGCUGUGGUUCUACAGUGUGGUGCAGACUCCCUGUCUGGAGACCGGUUAGGCUGCUUUAAUCUCUCAAUUAAAGGUCAUGCAGAGUGUGUGAAAUAUAUGAGAUCUUUUAAUGUUCCAAUACUGUUGCUGGGUGGAGGUGGCUAUACAAUACGCAAUGUUGCUCGAUGCUGGUGCUAUGAGACAGGAGUAGCACUUGGGCUUGAAGUUGAUGAUAAGAUGCCGCAACAUGAGUAUUAUGAAUAUUUUGGUCCGGACUAUACUCUUCAUGUUGCUCCAAGUAACAUGGAAAACAAGAACUCUCGACCGUUAUUGGAAGACAUAAGGGUUAAGCUUCUUGAUAAUCUCUCAAAACUUCAACAUGCACCGAGUGUGCAGUUCCAGGAACGACCACCUGAAACUGAGCUCCCAGAGGCAGAUGAAGAUCAAGAUGAUGAAGAUGAAAGAUGGGAUCCUGAAUCUGACAUGGAUGUUGAUGACAACUGCAAGCCUUUGCCAGGCAGAGUGAAGAGGGAAUUUCCUGAACCGGAGCAUAAUGACGCGGAGGACCUAAAAGUACCAGAGCGUGCAAGAGAAACAGAUGCACCACCAGCUGAGACUGCAACUUUAAAGGUUUCAAAUCCAGAUUCAAUGUCAAUGGAUGAACCAGAGAUUAAAGUGGAACAAGAAAACUCAAACAAGCCACCUGAUCAGCCUGCUGAGAUGAGUUCAUGAGUAAGGUUGCACACCCCCUAAAAAUAACUAUGAUAUACAUUGCUUUGUAAUAACUGUAGUUUUCAUACCCCAUUAAAAAUUCUUGUAUUUGGCAAUUUUCAUUCUCAUUUGGAAACUCACUUCCUUCCCCUCUCUCUCUCUCUCUCUCUCAUACACACAGACACAGAUGUUCCUUUUGUAGGCUCUGUUUGGAACUUAAGCGUCAAUUUCUGUAUCAGAGAAGUUUGAAGAACAUAGAUUAUAUUCCGUCCA